UGUUAACUAUUACUUGAUUUCUCUCAUUCUUUUUAAUCUGUGCGAUCGCCAUUUUCUACGCGCUUUUCUUUGCUCUGCAGGAAAAAUAAAAAUUUCAUAAUGGGUCAUGCAAAUAUUUGGUAUUCCCAUCCUCGUAAAUACGGCCAGGGAUCUCGUUCAUGCCGCGCCUGCUCCAACAGACAUGGCCUAAUCCGCAAAUAUGGCUUGAAUAUCUGUAGACAGUGCUUCAGGGAAUAUGCACAUGAUAUUGGUUUUAAAAAGCUGGACUAAAUGUGGUAAACAUUUAAUAAUUAUAAUAAACUUUAAGUAAGUA